AUGGCAGAAUACUACGACGAAGACGAAGGGAUUCACUUUGAUCCGACGGAGAACCAGCUCAUCAAAGAUUAUCUUACUCCCAAGAUAAACCAAGUCAAACAGUUUAACUUUAUAGGGGAGAUGGACGUUUACGCCACAGAACCAUGGUUGCUUGAGCAUUACAUAUCUCCUUUUUUCAAGAAGUACGAGUGGUACUACUUCGUGACAAGGACUCAAGUCUCUGAGUCUGAGAAUAACAUCGGUCGUGGUAAGAAGGCGAAGCGGAAGAUCAUCGGAGACAACGGGACGUGGAAGGCAAACGCGAAAGAAAAGAUCCUGGACGAGGAGACAGGGAAAAUCAUUGGUGAAAAGCAAACCCUAACUUUCAUUAAAAGCAACAACAACAACAACAACAACAACAAGAAGAAGCAGAAGAUAGAAGACGGCACUAGUGCUACUGUUCCCGGCAGCGAGAGCAGCUGGACUAUGACAGAGUAUAUGCUUGUGGAAGAAGAUAAGUUUCAAGGAACAGUCCUGUGCAAGAUCCACGAGAUCAAGAAGUCCAAGGACGAUCAUGAUGAAGCUUCUGAUUCUAUGUCUACUUAUUACCAUUAUCAUCAUCGUCGUCUUUAUCUUGUGUCUUCUCCUUCGGAGCAGCAGCCUAUCAAUCAUCAAAAGUAUUAUGGUUGUGCUUCUUCUUCGGAGAAGCAACCGAUCAUUCAUCAUGAGUACUCUUCUCUGGCUUCUUCUUCGGAGCAGCAGCCGACCAAUCAUCAUGCGUACUAUUCUAUCGGUUCUUCUUCGAAGCACCAGCCGACCAAUCAUCAUGCGUACUAUUCCCUCGGCUCUUCUUCGGAGCAGAAGCCGACCAAUUAUCAUGAGUACUAUGGUCUCACUUCUUCUUCGGAGCAGCAGCCGACCAGUAAUCAUGACUACUAUGCUCUCACUUCUUCUUUGGAGCAGCAGCCGAACAAUAUCAACUGCAAGUUUGAAGAAAACGAGAAGGACGAUCAUGAAAACCCUAUUUCUCAUCAUCAAGAAUUUGGUCCAGCUUCCUCUUCGGAGAACCAGCUCAUCAAUGAAGCUCAUAGUCAGGGUCAGGAGACUCCGAGCAUAGGAUCAGAAAAGAAUGAUCAAGUGAUCUCCAGCCAAAUCCAAGAGAAUGACAAGUCCAAGAACGAGGAGGAUCAUCCUGAAACUAUCAAUUACCAUCAGCGUCUUGAGUCUUCUUCCUUGGAACAGCAGCAGCUAUCUAUCAGUGAAGUUCAUCGUCAUGAUCCGGAGACUCCCCUCACAGGAUCAGCAAAUAGCGAUCAAGAGAUGAAAACUUCUUGUCUGACUGAUGAUGAAACUGCUACAGUAAAAGAGAGAGAGACAGAGGAGAAGGGUUUAGAAAGAUUUGAGAAUUUGGGAUCGGAAGAGGAUAACCGACUUAACUUUAAUGUUCCAAACCUUUGUGGGUGUGAUGAUGAGGAACAUGAUGAGAAGAAAAAGCUGAAGAAGAAGAAGAAGCUGAAGAAGAUCAAACAUGCUGGAUCAGAAGAUGAAGAAGAUCAUCAAGGAGGAUGGUCGUUUCAUAAUUUUUCGAAAUUGUUGAUAACACUGAAUGGUCCGAAUUUGCCUGAAGUAACCGACGGGGCUCUGAUUGACACUACGGCGUCAUUUCUCGAUCCGGAUUUGCUUAUGCCGUUUGCUUCUCCCAGGCCACGCGAAUAG